AUGACGCUGCCCGGAACGCCACCGGUCGCCACAGACCUGGUGCAUCACAUCGGAAUUGCCGUAUCCAGCCUCGACGAGAGCAUCGAGUUUUACCGUGGCCUGUUUGGAUUCAAGCCAGGCAAGGUCAUCGUCCGGGAGGAUAUCGGCGUGCGCGGGUGCUUCGUGCCCGUUGGCGAGACCAACCUGGAGCUUCUGGAAGGAACCAGCCCGGACAGCCUGAUUACCACUCACAUCGCGAACCGGGGUGAAGGGCUGCACCACGUCUGCUUCGAGGUGGAGGAGAUCGCCGACAAGCUCAAGACGCUGGAUGAGUUGGGUGUACGCCUGAUCGACAAGGUGCCCCGCACAGGGCUUAUGGGAGGCGACAUCGGGUUCAUGCACCCGUCGGCGGCGCGGGGUGUCUUGAUAGAACUGGCCCAGCACGGCCAUUAG